AUGUCCUUAGAAUACGAUGGUGCAGUGCCAUUGCCAAGAGAUCAAAAGAAACCAACGGAGGGAAUAGCCUCAGUAGAGCCUCUCCUCGUAGGAGAGACUGCUAGAGAAGGAAAUGCGGGAGAUCAAGAGAAGCAGAGCUCUGAACAGUGCAGUGCUGCGAAUAGCAGCUCUGUUUCUUCCAAAAUCAGUGAUGGGGCCAGCAGUCUUGCAAAAACCAGCGGGAGUGCCAAGGCCACAGACCGGUCAGAGUUAAUUGAGAGUGGCAAGAGCAGCAUAUGCAGGGGGAGCACAAGCAGUGAUGUUAGUGAUGAAAGCACAUGCAGCAGUGUGAGCAGUGGGGGCAGCAAACCCCACAAAGCGAACGAUUCAAGAUGGGAGGCCAUAAAAUCAGCGAGGACUAGAGAAGGGUUUCUGGGUUUGAAGCAUUUCAGGUUGCUCAGGAGGUUGGGCUGUGGUGAUAUUGGAAGUGUCUACUUGUCGGAGCUAAGUGGGACUAGGUGCUGUUUUGCCGUAAAGGUGAUGGACAAAGGGUCCCUGGCAAGCCGCAAGAAAUUGCUGAGGGCCCAGACAGAAAGGGAGAUACUGCAAUGCCUCGAUCAUCCCUUUCUUCCCACUUUAUAUACCCACUUUGAGACUGAUAAGUUCUCGUGCUUGGUUAUGGAGUUCUGCCCUGGUGGAGACUUGCAUACUUUGCGCCAAAGACAACCUGGGAAAUUUUUUUCUGAACAAGCAGCCAAGUGAGAUUCCAAUUUUUUCCAUUUAUUUACUUAAGUUGGUUAUUACCAUAUGAUCAUAUGAUCUUUGGAUAUUACUUGGAGCCGUUCAUAUGAUUUAUGUUCAUUCCUUGUAUGCUUACUAUGCUGCGCAAUCCCAUCUUCUUCUCCAUGAGCAUUGAAGUUUGGGCGCCUGCUGACAUGACACAUUCGUUGGGGUCAAUGGUAAACUUAGCUGUCUUGUUUUCACCUGAGAAAAUGUCUCUGACGUUUAGUAGCUUUUCCAGGUGUUUUGCAUAGCAAUCGUACAAUCUUAUUAAGAGUUCCUUAGGGAUUCUCAGAAUUUGGUGUUUUGAAUUGUGCUGCUGAUAAUAUUUAUGCAACCGCGUCGGUAUACUCUUAUAUUUUAUGUUAAGAAAUGUUAGUGUUCAUCCCAGAGAACGGCCAUUGUGUCACUCAUAUUCUUCAAUUUCGAAAUCAUUUUCUCAUCAUCAUAUCUGCGUCUUAUUCUUGACACAAUCAGCAUGUGUGAGAAAUGGAAUUUGUCCUAGAUGCUUUAUAUUGCCAUUUAUUGUGAGUUUCUCUACGUUGUAAUAUAAUCUAUGUAUUGCUAGAUUAUCGAUGAUAGAUGGAUGCUAAAAUGAUAAUUACGUAAAAGAAAGUGUUAAUGAAAUAAUUGGAGCUUAUCCGUGACAUUACACGUCUGUGUUUGUUGUGAGUUCUCUGAAUCAAUAUUUAUCUCUCCAUCACUAAAGCAUUAAUGCAUCAUAAAAGGGAAUCAUUUAAACGAAAUUAUGAAAAUAAACCUUGGGAAAACAGAAAUGGGUCCCUAGUUGAAAUAGGAAUUCUAUUUAGCUUUAGUAUAGUCUCAAAUUAGCAAAAAUAGAUAAUAUUCUUCCCUUCGAUCAAUAGAUGCACCUACUCUACUCAUCAGCAAUUAGUUCUGGGUUGGAUGUCUCAAUAACCUUAAAAUAGUAUGAGGGUUAGUUACUGUUCUAGGCCUGCACAUGCCCCAUAUCUAUUGUUUAUCCGACUCUGAAAGUAGGAACUAAAACCCUAUUGAUCACAUCAAUGUAGCUACUCUUCUCAUUAUCAGUUUGUUUUGAGCUCAACCAGGUGCUGGCCUGCCAGGUCCUUAGCAAUUGGGCUGGGCCUUUUUGUCUGCUGAAGACUAUAGUGAAAUAGAAGAAGAAGAAGAAGAUUGCGUGGAAGGAUUAUUGAGGAAAAUGCCUGAUUGGGCAACACUGGCUUUAUCUUUACAUCAAUAACAGAUAAGUGAAAGAUAAAAAAAAAAGCCUCUGAGAAUCGUAUUUGGUAUUUUAUAAUCAUAGUCAUUUGUUGGGAAAAAAAUACCAUUGUUUGUAUAAAUGCCUCUGAGAAUUGAUCAAAUUAGCCUCUCUAAUCAUCAAAACAGACCUUUCUCCAGGAACCAUGAAUCUUCCUGUUUGUUAGGAUUUUUGAAGGCAUUGCCAUGAUCUCUGCUCCAUCAGCAAUGACUCCUGACAGAUGCUGUGGGAUCUCCCACCCCUUUUUUCUCCAUUGCAGGUUCUACGUUGCAGAGGUUCUUCUAGCUCUGGAGUACCUUCACAUGCUGGGCAUCAUUUACCGCGACCUCAAGCCCGAAAACGUCCUCGUCCGAGAUGACGGGCACAUCAUGCUCUCUGACUUUGACCUCUCCCUUCGUUGUGCCGUCUGCCCAACCCUCAUCAAGUCCACUAUUUCCGAAUCUGAUCCCUCUCACAAGAACUCCUCUACUUACUGUGCCACGCCUGCUUGCAUCGAACCAGCCUGCAUCCAACCGUCCUGUGCCGUCCCCACAAGUUGCUUCUCUCCUCGCUUCUUCUCCUCCAAACCCAAGAAGGACCGGAAACCAAAACCCGAGGUAGUGAACCAGGUCAGCCCAUUGCCAGAGCUCAUUGCCGAGCCCACCGAAGCCCGCUCCAUGUCGUUUGUCGGAACCCACGAGUACCUGGCCCCAGAGAUUAUCAAGGGUGAAGGCCAUGGAAGCGCUGUGGAUUGGUGGACUUUUGGGAUCUUUCUGUAUGAGCUCUUGUUCGCGAGGACCCCCUUCAAGGGCUCCAGCAAUCGAGCCACUCUGUUCAAUGUCAUCGGUCAGCCACUGCGGUUCCCAGAGUCGCCCAUUGUGAGCUUUGCUGCCAGGGACCUGAUCAGAGGGUUGCUAGUGAAGGAGCCUCAGCACCGCCUCGCCUUCAAGAGGGGAGCCCCAGAGAUCAAGCAGCACCCUUUCUUCGAGGGCGUGAACUGGGCUCUGAUUCGCUGCGCAACCCCGCCGGAGAUCCCAAAGCCCUUUGAGAUUGCUCAGCCUCCCGCACCCGCCGUUCGAUCAGGUAAGAAGAUCGUCUCCGCCGCAAAUCACAGAGGUUCGGGAAACUACCUGGAGUUUGAUUUCUUUUAG